GCUAACACAUGCUGCUGCCUGCUGUAGCCGGCUGUAGCGGUGAUCAUGGCUCUCCCAUAAAGCGGGGGAGCGGCGCUGCGUUUUCAGACCUCACGCUGAGAGAAGAAGUGCCGGGACCAUGGCUGGAGUGUUCGACCUCGAUUUGGAUCAACCGGAUGAGAAUGUCUCUGACGACGAGCUGGAGGACGCGGGCCAGCUCAGUGAAUACAUGGACCAGUGCAGUGGCUUUGACUUUAACAUGGAUGACUGUGAGAAGUUUGAAAUUUCAGAGAACAGCGUGAACCAGGGGACAGAGCAGAUCAGGCCUGAAUGCUUUGAGCUGCUGAAAGUUUUGGGGAAAGGAGGCUACGGAAAGGUGUUCCAGGUUCGGAAAGUAUCAGGUGCCAACUGUGGGAAGAUUUUUGCCAUGAAAGUUUUGAAGAAGGCCAUGAUUGUGCGCAACGCAAAGGACACAGCGCACACCAAAGCGGAGAGGAACAUUCUGGAGGAGGUGAAGCACCCUUUCAUCGUGGACCUCAUUUACGCCUUCCAGACCGGGGGAAAGUUGUACCUUAUCCUGGAGUAUCUGAGCGGUGGGGAGCUGUUUAUGCAGCUGGAAAGAGAGGGCAUCUUCAUGGAGGACACGGCGUGUUUCUACCUGGCUGAGAUCUCGAUGGCUCUGGGUCACCUGCACCAGAAAGGCAUCAUCUACAGGGAUCUGAAGCCUGAGAACAUCAUGCUCAAUAACAACGGACAUGUGAAGCUGACAGACUUUGGUCUGUGCAAAGAGUCCAUCCAUGACGGGACGGUCACCCACACCUUCUGUGGCACCAUCGAGUACAUGGCUCCAGAGAUCCUGAUGAGGAGUGGACAUAACCGAGCAGUGGACUGGUGGAGCUUAGGGGCUCUUAUGUAUGACAUGCUGACAGGAGCACCUCCAUUCACUGGUGAAAACAGAAAGAAGACCAUUGACAAAAUCUUGAAAUGCAAACUCAGCCUUCCUCCAUACCUCACACAAGAAGCCAGGGACCUCCUGAAAAAGCUGCUGAAACGUAAUGCCUCAUCAAGACUCGGAGCUGGAGCGGGAGAUGCUGCAGAGGUGCAGGUCCACCCGUUCUUCCGACACACAAACUGGGACGACCUCCUUGCCCGCAAAGUAGAGCCUCCAUUUAAACCUUUCCUGCAAUCAGCCGAAGACGCCAGCCAGUUUGACUCCAAGUUCACCAGCCAGACUCCAGUGGACAGUCCUGACGACUCCACGCUCAGCGAAAGUGCCAAUCAAGUCUUCCUGGGUUUCACAUAUGUAGCCCCAUCUGUGCUGGAAAAUGUCAAAGAGAAGUUCUCCUUCGAGCCAAAGGUCCGCUCACCGCGGAAGUUCCCUGGAAGCCCGAGAACACCUGUGAGUCCUGUGAAGUUUGUAGGAGGGGACUGCUGGCCCCGGGGCCACAGGCUCACCGGCUGCCCGUCCCUGCUGUCCCACGGAAACCCUGUGGAUCAGCCCAUGGAGGUGUCGGCGGUGGAGCAAAUGGACACAGGCGGCGGCAGUGAGGCCUCUGCACCUCUCCCGAUCCGGCAACCUUCAGGCAUCAACGCAGGGCUGUACAAAAAGCAGGUCUACCCCCUGAACUCCAAAAGACCGGAACAUCUACGCAUGAACUUAUGACGCCCGGCUCCUCGGUGAACAUUAGGACUCUUCCACCUCUUCCUUUUCCUCUUUUUUUAUAGUUUUAUUUCAAAGAGACUUGUAGAAUCUUUUUAAAUUGACUGACUUACAAUGUCAACGUUGAUCACCAGCUCUUCCAGCAGCGCCUUCCCGUCUUACAGCCUCUGAAAUCCUCCUGACUCCGCCUCCACAGCGUGAUGCAGAUGAUCAGCUGUCCGAGUACAGAAGGGACGCGGUCAUUCAGAGGAGAGGGGGCUCCUCAAUGAAAGUCGACUUGCUUGUUCGCUGGGUUAUGCCAGCCGAUGACUGUGCUGAGGUGGUUUUGGUGUAACUGGCUCUAUCAUAUGAUUGACUGGUGCUUUUAUACUUUGAAUGAUGUUACUUUUAGUGUUUACAACUAGAUGCCUCCAUCACAUUGAGAGAUAUGGUUACAGGGGGUGGUUAUUUUUUCUCCAUAGGUCAGCUUCUUUUUUCUUUUUUUUGUUUGAUUCAUUAUCAUGUUGUUAAAAACAAAAACCAUGCAGGUCAUACUGAGCAGGACUCUCUCAAAGCACAGCAUUUCAGCCAGGAUGAGUGCUGUGCAAGCUUUGGUAAAUCCAUUAUGGUUCACAGUGAAGUUUACCCCGGAGACCGCUGCGUACCCAUUGAUACUAAAAUACUGUCUAACUGAAAGAAAAAAUCUUUACAGGAAGAAAACCAGCAGAUGCCUUAAACUAACCACACUGCAACUUUUUCAUAAAAUUAAAUUGAUUGCAGUCUGGUGAGGCAAAGACACUGAAACCAGCAUUGACUCUAUGCUGCUGAGCAGAUUUUUGUUCUUUGUUAAAAAGAUGAACUUCAUUAAAUCUGUCAGGUAAAGACAUCUGAAAAUCUGCGGCGAGGUCUAUUCCUGGUUUCAGCCAGAGAGCUGCAGUAACAAGGAGUCUGAGGAUUGGUCUACAAAGACAAAAAAUUAAUAAAGAUGUUUUUGAGUUACACUUCGACACGGGAUCUUCUUAAGGAUGGAUUGUCGGCUCUAGGGAAAGUUUAGGUUAUUAAACUACUUUUUUUUUUCAUGCGUAUCAAAAAGGCAACAAAGACAACCAAUCAAAACUGACAACAGCAUUCACAAGUCUUACAACGCUCUGGCCUGAAGGUUAUAAAACAUGCCCCAGGUUGGAGCUGUUUUCACACAUGCACUCCUGAAAAUUAUUAGAAUAUUUCAGGACAGGCUGCCCCUGAAAUCUGAGUUUCAUAUUCAAGUUUCCGUCGUAGCUUGAAGUACACCUUGUUGGAAGGGUCGGGGUCUCAGGAGGCAUUAACAACCCUCUCUGAAAUAAUGUCAGUGUUUAGCAUGAAAACACCAUCAUUACGCAGCACUAUUUCAGAAUAAUUCUGCAGUAUUCCUUUACGUUUGAGGAAAACAAUCCCAUUGCCUGUUUCUCUGGGUUAAGUAGACAACUUACAGAAAACAGCAGCUCUGAACAGAUAGACAUUUAAGUUGAACACAGUCCCCUCCAAUCUCAAUCAAUACCAGCUGACAGGGAUGCUCUUUGUUCCAGGAGCACUGUUCAGUUUCUUGUGUUACAUGUGUUAAAUGUAAACUCACUCUAAAUGCCCUUUUUUUCCCAGUGUGUCACUUACAUCUUCUGUGUUUAGCUCUGAAGCUUGAUAUCACUCCUUACCUGACGGAUGUUUAAGCUUUGCAGACCCUAUCAGUUUCUCAUGAAGAUGCACAAAUGAACCUUUAGCAUCUGCACGAGACACACAAGGCUUUCUCUAGCUCCAAUGAAUACUCAUGGAGACGGGGGCUCGAGUCCCACAUGGAAAGAAAAGUCAGAUUUGAACUCAAAUCAUGAUGUGCUUCCUCACAACAAUGGGGCGUUCCUGUGAGAGGCGUUAGAAAGACGAGUUUGUGUUUAUGAAACACUGACAAAGCGUCUGUAUCGGACCACCUGUAGUGAGAAGGUGUUUUUUUUUUUUUUAUCUUGUUUUUUUCAUGCAGCUUUAGAGACCAAGAAACAAAACAUGCUCAGAUAAAGAAUAUCAUGUCUUGUUUGUUUCGGGAGCUUUGCAUCCAUAAACUUUAACAUCGGUAUCGGGGGGGUUAACCCGGGCUAAGUCAGGGGACCAUCUAUUAAAUCCUGUUUGACAUCAAUCCGAGCCUCUGGAGACCCAUUCAAACCCUAAAAUGGACCACACUAAUGGGUGCAGAUUCCCAUGAUGCUAAUCGAAUUAAAGCUAAUAGGCUUCAGUUUAAAUGCCUCAUUAUGUUCUGUUUUAUCCAAAUACUUAAAGGAGCAAUGUGUAACUCUGACACCUAGUGUUUAAAAUGUGUACUGCA